GACACAAGCUUGAAGUAGAGUCUUUGGGAAAGCAGUGUGCUGAAACGACUCUCAAAUGGAACAGAGGGCUCUGAAGAAACUGGUGGAGUCCAUCAGUAAAACUGUCAAGAGCUUCAAGAAAAGUGAAAUUGAAUGUCUCAUACGCCUUUUCUAUAGCUUUGUGGAAAGACCCAGUGGAAAGCUUGUUAAUGCCAGGCUGGACUGCAACACAUUUCGAGGGAUCCUGCACAGCGUGUUCGGAAUGACUGAUGACAUGUUAAUGAACAGGGUGUUCUUCGUAUUUGACAAAGACAGUGACAACUACGUAAAUGUGCAGGAGUGGGUGAAAGGCCUGGCAGUGUUUCUCCGGGGGACUUUUGAAGAGAAGAUGAAAUUCUGUUUUGAAGUCUAUUAUUUAACUGGAGACGGUUAUAUUUCCCGGGAGAAGAUUUUUGACAUGCUGAAGAACAGUCUCUCCCAGCAGUCCCCUGAAGAAGACAAUGAUGAAGGAAUAAGGGAGCUGGUGGAGAUAAGCCUGAAGAAAAUGGAUCAUGACAAUGAUGGCAAGAUCUCUUUUGCAGACUUUGAAAAAGCAGUGAGAAAAGACAGGCUUUUGUUGGAGGUGUUUGGACCAUGCCUCCCAGAUGCAAAGAGCCACGGUAACGAAAGCAGCAUAGGACUGGAUAAAGACAAGACUGCUCAACAGCGGAAUAGAACAGAGGGUCCAGAAAUGAACCUACAGCUACAACCACGGAAUUUUUGACAAAG